AUGUGUAUUGGCCUCUGGUCCCUGGAACACCCAGAAUAUUCUCUAAUACUGUACACUAAUCGCGAUGAAUAUCUCUCACGUCCGACAGAAAAUGCCCACUUCCAUUCCUUUGGGCAUGAAGGCAUACGUGAGGCCUUUGUAUUGUCAGGUCUUGACCUUCAGUGCGGUGGCACUUGGUUCGGGAUAAAUCGUGCUGGGCGUAUCGCACUAUUAACAAAUAUCAAUGAACAAGUCGGUGCUCACCAUAAAGAAUCUAGAGGGCAUUUAGUGUCAUCCUUCCUUCUUCCGGAUGCUCCCGACGUAGAGCAGUUCGUGCAAAUGCUCAAGGACGAUCCUUCGGCAGACUAUCCAGGAUUCAACUUACUGCUUCUUUCGCCCUCAACACAGGGACAGACUAACACACUUACAUAUGAGGCAUUGCUGAUCACAAACUCUGCGGGAGGUGGUACAAUAACCAGCCGACCCCUCCUUGCUGAAGAACGACGCAUAGGUGGAGUCUCGAACGGCGUAGACAGAAUUAAUGAGGGGACUUGGCCAAAAGUAAAGACAGGGGAAGAUAUCUUAGUGGAGCUUCUUAAUGAAAGCCAGACCAAGGCUUCACAGCCUUCCGAUUAUGAGCUUGCAGAGCGACUAUUUGAGAUCCUGUCGCUUCAAUCAUCACCAGCACCAACAAACCUUUAUGAGAUGCGCACUUCUAUUGAAGUCCCACCAGUUUGCUUGCGCUCCAAUUGCCUGUCUCCGAAAAGUGAUUCGAAUGACGAGCACGAUUUAGGCGCCACGCGCCUUUCAACUAUUCUGCUUGUGGGCCGGGAUGGCCAUGUCCUAUUUAUUGAACGGGACGUCUGGAAGUUAGAUGGUGAAGGUAAGGCAGCCCGAGGAGAUCCACGGGAAGCCCGUAUGUUCCGCUUCACGUUGGAUGGCUUCAAAGAGGUCGAAGACGAUCUCAAGGGGAAGGGUAAAGACUAGUCCAAGUCAUUCACAAGCGACUGUCUUGAUAAGUAUUGUCUGAUGUUGUUCAUGGGAUACAAGAGGUUUAGCCGCAAUGAUGCAGAAAGGGGAAGAAAACUCGUGGCGCAGGAACAGAGGCGGAAAGGAAGAAAACAUGCACACCCUUGACGUUGAAAUGACGGGGAAGGUUAAUAGCAUCUCUUA